AUGAUAGAUGUUCGGAAGCUGUUAGCAGUUAUCUGUAUAUUAAGUUUGUCUUUCGGGCAAGGUCCUCCUGACAACAUAGGAAGAGAGUUUGUUGUGUCUUUUAUGGAGAAUGAUGAAUACGGCAGUGUUUUCCCUCUCGAAUUGUAUGUAACUACAUCAGAGAAGCAUCCUGUCCAUGUAACAAUUACAUCACCAAAAUGGACCAAACCUUCAGUAACAGAAUCCGUCACUGUCACACCCGGACAGGUAGUCAGGGUCAAGAUAAGUGACGAGUUCCGUAUGAAGGGGAGUUUGAAAUCCUCUAAAGUACUCCUUGUUCAGUCAGAUGGUGACAUUGCAGUGUAUGGAGGAAACAAAGAGGACUAUUCAAAUGAUGUGUUCUGUGGUAUUCCUACUGAUGCAUUAGGGAACGAGUACUAUGCUAUGUGCUACGGACCAGCGUUUCGUAAAACCGAACUUGGAGUAGCAGCAACACAGGACAACACUGUGGUUAAAGUAACGCUUCCCAAGGCUCCAAAUAUGACAGUCAAAUACAAUGCAAAGACUUACCACGGAGGAGAUAUGAUAACUAUAAACUUAGACAAAUAUGAAAACUUCCAGCUGCAAAGUAUCGGUGAUUUAACAGGUGCACACAUCGAAGCCACACAUCCUGUGUCGGCAUAUAGUGGUAAUAUCAAAACAAACAUUGGAACGGGGAAAUAUCAAGACCAUCUGGUAGAACAGCUUACGCCUGUUGAUACUUGGGGUAAAAAAUUCGUAACAGCUCCAAUUCCCAAAAGAACCGUCGGGGACUAUUUUCGUGUUGUAGCGAGUGAAGACAACACUGUAGUGAAUAUCGCUGGCAUGCCAUCCUUCACCCUUGCGAAAGCAGGUGACUGGAAGCAAAUUACUCUUCCAUCUAGUUCUUACAAGUCAAUAAAUGCAUCAAAGCCUGUAUUAAUGGCACAGUUUGUGUUAAGUCAACUGGGCCCCAUGGAACCGGCUGAUCCGUCCAUGAUGAUAAUUCCACCCUAUGAAUUGUUUAAUUCCGGAUAUACUUUUGCUACACCAGAAUACUCACAUCCUGAAUAUUUCAAGUAUGAAAAUCAAGUUUUGCUGGUCAUCGAAUCUUCUAAGAAAGACGGACUACUACUAGAUGGAAAACCUUUACCAAAGGGAACAAAAUGGAACCCAAUUGAAGGAACCACUUUAGUCGGAACUUGUUCAUAA